AUGUCAUAUUUUUUCGUAUUCAUAUUUAGAACAUCAUUCAUACAAGAAGAAGAUUUAGAAUUAACAACUCCGUUUUUUCUUAAUUUUAAUUUAACUAAUGAUACAACAGAUAAUUUUAUUCCUGAUAUUGAUGUAUCACAACCAGUUAAACGUGUUUUACGUGAAAUAUUUCGUACAUAUGAACCAUAUUGUUGGCGUCAUUCAUAUGGUCGUGGUGUUGGUCGUCCUUUGCAUACUUGUCCUGAUUAUGCACCUGAACAAGAUGGUCUUCUUUGUUAUCCAACAUGUCGUGAUGGUUAUAAUGGUGUUGGUCCUGUUUGUUGGGAGAAAUGUAAUAAUUUAACAUCAAUUGGUUUUGCUUGUAUGGAUAUUCGUAAUUCAUUACGUUCAUGUCCUUGGUAUGAUAAAUGUGGUAUAUUUACACGUUCAUGUUCAUCUUGUCCAACAAAUUAUACAAAUCUUGGAUGUUUAUGUGGACAAUUUUAUUUUCGUGAUAGUUAUGGUCGAGGUGUUGGUACACCACUAAUAUGUUCAAGUUCUUAUGAACAAGAUGGUGGUUUAUGUUAUGAUAAAUGUAAAAAACAAUAUAAUGGUGUUGGUCCUGUUUGUUGGCAAUAUUGUCCUAAAACUCAACCAGUUCCUUGUUUAGCUGGUUGUUCAAUAACAAAACAAGAUUGUAAACAAGCUAUUAUUAAUAUGAUUCAAUCAGUAGUUGGUGCAUCAGUAACAAUUUUAAAUGUUCUUGUUGGUAUACCAUUAGUUGAUUUAACAACAUUUGAUAUACUUGCUAAUGCUGCUAAAGGUGAUUGGGUAUUAGUUGCAAAAGAUAUGUCAAAUUUAGCAAAACGAUUAGCUGAUAAACUUUUACCAGAUUUAGCAAAGACAUUUAUUAAUUGGUCAUUAAGAACACUUGAAUCAGCAACAAAAAAUGCAAGUGUUACUAUAACAGCAACUGCUUUUAAAGAUAAAAAAUCAUUAUUACCGUUUUUACAACGUUUUCGUUUAGAUACAAUUAAUUCAGCUUUUAAUCAUGGAAAAUGUGAUCUACGUAAUGAUAUCUUUAAUUAUUAA